AUGGAUAUCUGUGUGAAGACCUGGUUCAAUCAACCAGCACGCAAGCAGAGGAGAAUACAAGGCAAGAGUUGGCUGCGAAGAUUUUCCCCUGACCAACUGCUGGAGCUCUUCGCCCUGUUGUCCAUGGCUGCAGGUAUCCCUAAGAAACUGGCUUCAACAAUUGGUAUUGUUGUUGAUCAUCGUUGCAGGAAUCUUUCACUUGAGGGGCUUCAAGCUGAUGUCUUGAAGACCUACAAGGUUGGUGAUUCUGCCCUCUCGAGGGAUUGGCUACAGCAACUCAAGUUCAUGGUGCCUACAUGCCUGUUGCGUGUGAGAAGCCAUCUGUAG